AUGUUAGUUCCACCAAUAGUGCCACUACCAUUUUUAGCUCGACACAUGUCGGCCAGAUUCGAAGAUUAUCUUCGUGUCGUCGAACAGAGACAAGCUCAGCUUAAUAGAGGUGCUUCGCAAGAUACAAUUGAAAGAAACACUUUUCCGCAUAAAUAUAAGAGAAUGAAAAAGAACGUCGAGGAUAGCGAGGAAGAUCACGUUGAGAAAUGCACCAUAUGUCUGUCGGAAUUUGAAGAAUUGGAAGACGUGAGACGAUUGCCUUGCAUGCAUCUAUUUCACAUCGAAUGCGUCGAUCAGUGGUUAUCAACAAAUAAAAGAUGUCCGAUUUGCAGAGUAGAUAUAGAAACACAUUUAAAUAAAGACGUGCCAGUCAUUUGA